AUGGAAGAUUUUAAAAAUACAGAAAAAACCUGUGUUAAUAUAAAAUAUGUCAAGAAUUUAGAAAUAAAUGAUAACAAUGAUAAAGACUGCAACAUAAUAAAUCGUAAUUUAACACUAGGUUUAUUGAACAUUAGAUCAUUGAUUUCUAAAACUGAUACGAUCUAUGAUUUGAUUCAUGGUGGGCUAGAUAUUUUCGUUUUAGUCGAAACUUGGCACGGAUCUUCGAAUAACAUAUCCGUUAAAUCAUCAAUGCCACCAGGAUAUAGUUAUGUUGAUUUUUUAAGAAUAAAUGAUCCUCACCAUGGGGGUUUAAUUAUUUACUUCAGUAAUGAAUUUAAGUUUAAGAAAAUAGAUCUGCCAAUAUUUAGUUCAAUUGAAGCACUUGCUGUUAAAUUAUUUAUUAGUAACAAAGAUUUUGUUCUAUUAGCCCUCUACAGGCCAGGAUCAGUUUUAGUUAGUAAUUUAUUUUUUGAAGAAUUUUUAUGUUUACUAGAAAAUAUCACUUCUUUUAGUUUAAAUAUACUUUUGGGCGAUUUCAACAUUCACCUUGAGAAACAGGAAGAUCGUCAUACUGUAAAUUUAUUGGAAAUAUUAGAAAUGUUUCAAUUAAAAAAUUUGAUCGACGAACCGACUCAUGAACAUGGAGGUAUUCUUGAUCUGAUCAUUUGUUCUCAAGAUUUUCAGAUUUCAGAUAUUAAGAUUUUUCCCAGUGGGACUUUUUCAGACCAUAGUUUAAUUCAGGUUAACAUACCAUUAACUCAUAAGCGUCCUAAAAUAGUCAAGAAACAAGAGACAAUAUACUCCUACUUCGCUGCCAACUGUGGUACGCUGAAUUCAAAAACAGCCCAUAACGCAGUCAACAACCGUGAUAUUAGGCAACUGAAAAUGAAAUUAAAAAACUUAAAGUUCCUAACUCGGACCAAUCAACAACUCAACAAAGAAACAUGCAACAUCACCUUCUCAAAAUCAAACUCUCAAUCUCCACUCUUCAACGUUGAGACCGCCACCAAGUACUUCAAUGACAUCUUAAAACCUAGCGACCGUCGCAAGGGACUAAAAAUGCACCAACGUUCGUGCAAAACACAUGAACAACUUCAAUUAACUAACGAUGAGGAAAACACCGUCGAAACAUCAACUUCGACGUCGCCACCACCUUCGUCAUCGUCGGAUGUUCAUCAACAACCUAAGACAACAAGCUACCAGACGCUACAAAAUGUUGAAAACACUGAAACGCCUCAUCUUGAAAUCAGACUUCCUCAAAAUCCAGCUUAA